GCUGCGGUUGAAAGUCAUGGCAGGUCCUGACUUGGUAAAAACUCUUUUGUACACCGUCAAUAAUCUGCUGCAACAGGAGAAAUACAAAGCGGCAUUGGCGGUUUUGAAAGGAUUCAGAAACGGCGUCGUAUAUGGGGCCAAAAUCAGAGCACCACAUGCCCUGGUGAUGACAUUUCUAUUCAGAAGUGGCAGCUUGAAGGACAAGCUCAAAGCCAUUUUGAAGGCCACUUACACCCAUUCCCGAAACCUGGCCAGCUUUGUGUUCACAUAUAAAGGGCUGCAGGUCUUGCAGCAGAAGAUCCAGGGAAAGAGUUUACAGUCUCACUCCUUCCUGGCUGCCUGUGUUGGAGGAUGGUUAGUGUUUGGCGAUAACAACAGCAUCAAUAGCCAGAUCAACAUGUACUUGCUGUCCAGGAUCUUGUUCGCCCUGUCUCGACUGGCUGUAGAGAAAGGAGUUAUCCCCCAGCCUAAACACGACCCAUUCCCACUCUUCGCCACCCUGGUGUGGGGCAUCGUUUUGUGGCUGUUUGAGUAUUACCCACACACCCUCCAGCCCUCACUACAGUCUUCCAUGACGUACCUCUACCAUGACAGCAAUGUAUGGCAUGACAUCACAGACUUCCUUGUAUAUAAUAAGCCAAGGACAGCUGCUUAGAAAUGAAGCUUUAGUCUCUUUUUCUUUAUGGACUAGCUCUCUACAAUAUUACAAUUUCAUUUUUUAUUUAAUUGUUUUCAUACACUGAACAAAAAUAUAAAUGCAACACUUUUGU